AUGAAAAGACAUUUUGAAAGUGGUUGCUCUAAAAGAAAAAGAAAAGAAAAAAAACAACUUGAAGUAAAUAAGUACAGAGGGUUAAUGAGCAAUUAUGUUUUAAAUUCAGGUAUUGACAACCAAGUUCAAGGUGUGUCUGUACACAGUGAAACAGUUGUAACUGAACAAGAUAAAAUUACUAAUAAUACUAGUCAACCAAACCAAUAUAAUUUAACGUUUAUUGAAAAUGUUCAAGAUAUAGAACUUAGGAUGACAAAUAUUUCUGAUGUGGAUUCUGACAUGGUAUUUGACAAGUAUAAAAUUAGUGAUCCAUACUACUGGCCUCAAAAAAUUACUGACAGUUUCAGAGAACUUUGUAUUCAAAAAGGACCUGAGUGUUUUCAAAAUAAGAAUGAUGAUUUCAAACACUCUGCUCGUAUACACGAUCACAAAAGGUUUUUUACGGCUUCCAUGUUUAAACGAACUCUACCCAAUGGAGAAAUUGGUCAUCGAAAGUGGGUAAUGUACUCAAUUAAACAAGGAUCCAUUUAUUGUUUUGUGUGUAAAUUGUUUUCAAGUAAUUUCAAUAGUCCUUUUGUUAGCAAAGGAUUUGAUAAAUGGAAGAAACCUGAGAAAAUAUCAGAACAUGAAAACAGUAUUGAUCAUAGAAAUGCAUUUACAAAAUGGUUAUUACGUUUGAAUUCUAAUCAUUCAAUAAAUAAAGUAAUGGAACAAAUAAUAUCAACUGAGACAAAAUACUGGAAUGAUAUUGUGAUUCGUGUGAUUUCUGUAAUUAAAUUUCUUACAUCUAGAGGUUUAUCAUUAAGAGGUGAUAAUGAAGUAUUUGGUGUUACUAACAAUGGCAAUUUUCUCGGUAUAUUGGAACUUAUUUCUGAAUUCGAUCCAUUUUUAUAA